UUUUGCUCGUCUGAGCGUAAACGUCCCUUUGACAACAAUAUGUAAACAACUUUACUAUUCAAUACCCAGGUCAAUUUUACACGCUCUGAUCGAUUGUACAAAAGCAAAAUGGCGUCAAACGGGACGAUUAACUGAUACAGCUACUGCGCCACGCGAUGAAAUGACGGCAUAUUAAGAGGGAUAACUUUUCCGCAAGCAUGGUUUCUUCACGGUACAAACACCUCUCAGUUCUCACGUUACUUCUGGUGCUGUUGCUACCAUGCAGUGAGCAGGCGACAUUGCUCACGUGCAGCUUUGAAUCCAGUAGCAUCUGCGGUUUCACACAGUCGACUAGCGACGAUUUUAAUUGGAGCAGAGACUACGGGGGCACCCCCUCUUCCAGCACGGGCCCCUCAGCUGCAUACAGCGGGUCGUAUUAUAUGUACAUAGAAACAUCAAGCCCGAGAAUACAAGGCGACACUGCAGUUUUGUACACCCCCAGUUUGAACCUCGCUGGAGGGUGUGGCCGGCUGGUCUUCCGGUACAAUGCCUAUGGCGGCACCUUGGGCUACCUGAGGGUCAAGCUGUACAAUGGUCAGUACAUGACCCAGCAGCUUUGGGAAUACACUGGUUAUUCCAGCAGCUCAUGGCAAGAAACUAGCGUGUAUUUCGAACAAGGCGGGAACUUUCAGAUUGCAUUUGAAGGAGUGCGAGGCACAAGCUAUACAGGAGAUUUUGCGAUAGACGUCGUGACAGUGUCCACGGAGAACAGCUCCUACUGCGACUCACUGAAUCGAGGUUUGCUAUACUGUGACUUUGAGAGGGCGGACACCACAUGUGGGUUUACCACGGGUCUUGGAUCUGUCUUUUCAUGGACGCGCAACAGUGGCUCCACUCCCUCCAGCAAUACUGGACCAUCGUUUGACUACACCACAGGUUUAGCGGGAGUAGGCUACUACUAUUACACAGAAGUGACUAGUCGCAAUACUGGAGACACGGCCAUUUUGGAAAGUUCCAACUUCGUUUUCCACGAGACGUGUGUUGAAGUGGCCUUUGCUUACCAUGCAUAUGGGGGUGAUUUGGGCACAUUGUCGGUGAUCCUGGUCCACGUAAGCACAUCAACGCAAAAUGUACUUUGGCACAGCAGCAGUGUCACUUCAAAUAACAACUGGAUUAUGGAAUCUGUUAGGUUGAAUGAUACCGUAGCUAUUGUGGCUAAUGUAAAUUAUAAGCUGCAGUUUAAGGUCAUCCGUGGUUCUGGCUACAGGGGGGAUUUUGCUAUUGAUAAUGUUAAAGUGUCAUCAGGAUGCUCUGUAAACAAUGCUACAGAUCCUCUCCUCAUCAAUGCCACAGAAGUCUGGGGAAGGCUUACUUCUCCAAACUUUCCAGCCUAUUACUCAAACAAUGUAGUUUACCAGCGGGAUAUUUACCCUGCACCAUAUACCAAUGUUAUAUUCUACUUUGCCACUUUGUCUGUGGAAGGGGGAUCCUACGACUACGUUCUGGUGAAUAAUAUAAAAUAUGUCACUCGUCCCAGCAGCUCUUUUGUCGUGAGUGGGGUGGGGUCAUAUGUCAGGGUGUACUUCAGGAGUGACUCUUCACAAACACGCCAAGGGUUUGAUCUUUACUACAAGGCCACCUCAGCUACAGGGUCCAGUUAUGGAAAAAUCGAUGUUAAUGAUUACAGCUCUACGGGAAGUGGCACCCUGACCUCUCCAUUGUACCCUAACAACCACUACGGCACCUACGACUACUGGUGGAUAAUAACUGCUCGCACGUCAUACCUCAUUACCAUCACCUUCACGUCCAUAGACAUGAGGGACACACAGGGAUGCGUACAGGACUUUGUGAAGGUAUUUGACGGCAGGCCGGAGAAGGGGUUGCACACUGCCUCGGGUGUUGGCGCCACCUAUGCUCUGAUGGGCCGUUUCUGCGGAUACACAACACCAUCUAUGCUGACAACCACGCAGAAUUCCAGCAUGAUUGUGUUUCAGACGAAUGAGAAUUCUGCGUGCUGUUAUUCUGGUUUCAGCCUUAGUUAUGCAGUGGUGGCUGCCUCUGCUGUGACUCUGGCGCCUGGUUCCACUAGUGUGUCUAACGUAGGUUGGGGUCGACUGACGUCCCCCAAUUACCCACUAACCUACCCUCACAACAGAGACACUACCUGGGUGCUGAACGCCUACCCAUCCUCCUACAUCCGCUUCAAGUUUGCAGAUCUCAACUUAGAGACAAGCUAUGAUUAUGUGAAAGUUGAUGGAGUCAGAUAUGACCAGCCCAGUGACGCCCCCUAUGCUUUUAUUGUUUAUAAGCAAGUGGUAACCGUCAUUUUCCAUUCGGAUGGCUCCAUUUCCAGGGUAGGGUUUGAUUUAUACUGGAAAGGGACCGAUGUUACAACUUCAUAUGGUGGCAUUAACUACCAAAGCUGGACUGGAUCUUCCUCCCCAUCCUCCGUCAAUGGAAUUAUAUAUGGACGCAAUACCUGGGAGUCUUAUGGCAACUUUGACAGAUGGUGGAUUUUUAACGCGCCCCAGGAUUAUGUUGUUCAGAUGACUGUCAGUGCUCUUGAUAUCACUAGUUCUACCAGCUGUGCCUCAGGUUCUCUUAAGAUAUAUGACGGGCUCCCAACAACAACAGGGUCAUAUGCCUUAAUAGCGUCACUCUGCGGCAUAAGUGCGCCCUCCACCCCUUACGUCUCCUCAACCAAUGGGUCUAUGGUCCUGUUCAAAUACAACACACUGAGCAGUUCCUCUAACAGAUACUUCUCUUUGUCAUACUACCUUGUGUCAAGAUGGAACUCUGUAGGCGUGACAGCUGGAAGUGGCGGAAGUGGCGGAACUGGCACCACUACCUUCACUACCUUCGGCCGCAUCACUUCACCCUACUUUCCAGGUAACUACCCCCAUAACACCAACAAGUACUGGGUGGUCAAUGGCGCCCCCUUUCUGUACCUAAGGUUCAGACUCACGCAGCUGCAUGUUGAGAGCGGACACGACUAUGUUGAGGUUGACAAUAUCCGUCAUAGCACAUAUAGCAGUUAUUCAUGGACAGUUUACAAGCAGAUAGCCAGUGUUUAUUUCCACUCUGACAGCAGUGUCUCUGACAUAGGAUUUGAACUCUUCUGGAAGGGAACAAAUGUCUUUUCAACAACUAAAGGUGGAGUCAGCCAUUCAACCAACCUGGUAGCGGACACCUCAUACAACCUGCAGUCACAGGACUAUGGAAGCAGCCAUAUUGGAACCUACGAUUGGUGGUGGAUCAUUGAAGCAGAUGAGGACAGCACCAUCAAGUUUGAAUUUGAGGCAAUGGACUUACCAAUGCGUAAUAGCUGUGCUCUGGACUACGUGAAGAUAUAUGAUGGUAUACCAACGGGAGACGGGUCAUACUCACUGCUGCAGACGUCGUGUGGAAGCAGCACUCCGUCCUCGGUGACAACAACCCAAAAUACAUCUAUGAUAAUGUUCUACAUAGAUGAAAACACUGUCAGCGGAUUCACUGGCUUUAAGCUGAAGUAUACUGCCAAAGCAGGUGCAGGUGGAAGUGGUGGUGUUGAUAAUGGUUGGAUUUAUGGUGUUGUUGCGGUGGUUGUAUUACUGGCCAUCGCUGGUGUGGUGGGUGGUGUCAUCCACUACAGUCAAUUGAAGAAAAAACGAGCAAGAUCAAGGGAAGGCCUGACCAACGAUUCCAACACUGACAGGCCUCAUGACAAUGGAGUGACAAACCCCUCCUACACCAGUCCUCAAGCAACGAUGCCACAAUCCAUCCCCCAAACGAUGCAGCCCCCUCUCCAGCCAAUUUCCAAUGGGUACAUGUACACACCUGGGCCGGAGUAUCCACCGCCAUCUUCUUAUGGGCACAUGCCUGCACCUGGGUCGGGGUAUCCGCCGCCAUCUUCUUACGGGCCACCGCCUUUUGCCAACAAUGUCAUGCCUCCUGUGAACUAUCCCCCGCCACCAGCAUACAGCGAGGCAAUGAGCCCUCAGCUGCCCACAGAUCAGUAUCCGCCACCCCCACUGCCAUCCACAGGGGCCACUUCAACUACUCCCUUUACUGUUCAGCCUACAGAAACGCCCAUGUUCCACAAUGUACCACCCACUUUUGCAGGGCACCUGCAAUCUAAGCCGCCCUUGGCUUAAAUGAAAUGGGAAUUAAUUGUGAGCAUGAGGCCAUGAUGAGGAGGGGAGGGUGGGGGGG